GCGGCCCCUCCCCCCUCCAGGAGCUCCAAAUUCCCGAAUUUUCCCCCCAAAUUCCCGAGGGGGGAGGGGGAACCCCAGCGCCCCCUCCCCCACUCUGCACAGGAUUGGACUCUGCCCUUGGAUUGCCCCAUGUGAAGGAUGCUGAAGAAGAGCAGCCUGGCUCUGCUGGGUGCCGCGCUCUUCCUCGCCUGGAACGGGCUGCUGCUCCUCUUCCUCUGGGGCCGCCCCGGGGCCCCACCGAGCGCCCCGAACCCGCAGCUCGGCCCGGACUCGCGCCUGCUGCCGGCGCAGCUGCUGCAGCUGGCGCAGGACGCCGAGGCCGAGCUGCGCCUGCAGCGCGACCUGCUGCUGCAGAUCCAGCAGCUGGGCCGGCUGCAGCGCCGCAGGACGCCGAAACCCGCCCGGAAAACGCCAAAACCGCCCGGAAAAGCGGCUGAAAUCGCCGCCGAGCCGCCGGUGCUGCCGGUGCUGGUGCUGGCCUGCGACCGCAGCUCGGUGCGGCGCUGCCUGGAUAAAAUCCUGCGCUACCGGCCCAGCGCGCGGCGCUUCCCGGUGAUCGUCUCGCAGGACUGCGGCCACGCCGAGACCGCCGCUGUCAUCGCCUCGUACGGCGCGGCCGUGGCGCACAUCCGGCAGCCCGACCUCGGCGACGUGCCGGUGCCGCCGGAGCACCGCAAGUUCCAGGGCUACUACAAGAUCUCGCGGCACUACCGCUGGGCGCUGGGGCAGGUGUUCCGCACCUUCCGCUACCGCGCCGCCAUCGUGGUGGAGGACGACUUGGAGGUGGCGCCGGAUUUCUUCGAGUACUUCCAGGCGGUGCUGCCGCUGCUGCAGGAGGACCGCAGCCUGUGGUGCGCCUCGGCGUGGAACGACAACGGCAAGGAGGGCUUGGUGGACGCCGGCAGGGCCGAGCUGCUCUACCGCACCGACUUCUUCCCCGGUUUGGGCUGGCUGCUGCUGGCCGAGCUCUGGGACGAGCUGGAGCCCAAAUGGCCGCCGGCGUUUUGGGAUGAUUGGAUGCGGCAGCCCGAGCAGCGGCGCGGCCGGGCGUGCGUCCGGCCCGAGGUGUCCAGGACGAUGACCUUCGGCCGCAAGGGCGUGAGCCACGGGCAGUUCUAUGACCAGUACUUAAAGUUCAUCAAACUCAACGACCGCUUCGUGCCUUUCACCCAAAUGGACCUUUCUUACCUCAAAAAGGACGAGUACGAGCGAUUCUUCCUGCAGCAGGUUUACUCCGCGCCCGAAAUCCGCCUGGAGGAGCUGCAGAAGGAUUCGGGGAGGGAUUUGGGGGCGGUCAGGCUCCAGUACCGGGGCAGGGAUUCCUUCAAGGCUUUGGCCAAAGCCUUGGGCUUGAUGGACGACCUCAAAUCCGGCGUCCCCCGCGCCGGCUACCGCGGCGUCGUCAGCUUCGUGUGCCGGGGCCGCCGCGUCUUCCUGGCCCCCCCCUCGGACUGGACGGGCUACGACCCCUCCUGGAGCUGAGGGUGGGAUUUUGGGGGGGAUUUCCCCCCUUUUUUUGGGGGGGUUUUGCAGAAUAAAAGGUGAGGAAACGUGGGGGUUCCACCACCCCGCCCCCGCGCCGUUUGCAUCACUGCCAUUUGCAUCCUGACAUUGGUUUAAAAGUCCUUAUCUCUAAAUUUGGGGAAA